GCCCGCUGCGGGCCGCUCCGGCCGGUGUUUUGCCCGGGCGCCUCCGUGCGCUCGGCCAACGGCCUCCGAGAGCGCCCACCUGAGCCCCCGGGAGCCGGCGGGCGGCGGCCCUCGCCGCGGACCCUCCAGCCGGCCCAGGGGGACAGAAGGGGCUCUACAUCCAGCACGUGCACACUGAAGCAAGUAAAGGAUUACUAUGAAGCACAGACGCAGAUAGUGCCAAACAGCAAGUAGUGGUUGGCACACAUUUCUGGAAAAGCAGUGUCCGUGUUGUUAUGUACACCUCCAAAAAAAUUCAGAUCUGUAGGGGAAUUGUUGUGUAAAGUAAACUGAACUACAGGGUAGCAGUAUUUUAAUAGCUAUUAUAGACGUGUAUUAACUAUAUUAAAAAUGAGUAAAAGAAAAACCUGUGACCCACCAAUAGGAAGAGUGAGUGGGGUAGCAUUUCCUUCUCCCACUGCUGCCGAGAUGGCGGAAAUUAGUCGAAUUCAAUAUGAAAUGGAAUACACCGAAGGUAUUAGUCAGCGAAUGAGGGUCCCAGAAAAAUUAAAGGUAGCACCACCAAAUGCUGACCUGGAACAAGAAUUCCAAGAAGGAGUUCCAAAUGCCAGUGUGAUUAUGCAGGUUCCAGAGAGGAUUGUCGUAACAGGAAACAAUGAAGACAUUCCAUUUUCAAGGCCAGGAGAUCUUGACCUCAUUCAGUCAACUUCUUUAAAACCUCUGGCACUAAAAACACCACCUCGUGUACUUACACUAAGUGAAAGACCACUAGAUUUUCUGGAUUUAGAAAGACCUCCUUCAACUCCCCAAAAUGAAGAAGUCCGUGCAGUUGGCCGACUAAAAAGAGAGCGCUCUAUGAGUGAAAAUGCUGUUCGCCAAAAUGGACAGCUGGUCAGAACUGAUUCCAUGUGGCACAGAUCAGAUUCUGCCCCAAGAAAUAAAAUUUCAAGGUUCCAGGCACCGAUUUCUGCACCGGAAUACACUGUGACACCAUCGCCACAACAGGUUCGGGUCUGUCCUCCCCGUAUGUUACCUGAAGAUGGACCUAAUCUUUCCUCUGCGCGUGGCAUUUUGUCGCUUAUCCAGUCUUCUACUCGUAGGGCUUACCAGCAGAUCUUGGAUGUGCUGGAUGAAAACCGCAGUGUAAGAAGACAAAAUGAAAUACGUUGUGAAAGACCCGUGUUGCGUGGUGGGUCUGCUGCCGCCACUUCUAAUCCUCAUCAUGACAACGUCAGGUAUGGCAUUUCAAAUAUAGAUGCAACAGUUGAAGCAACUGCAGAUGACAUGAAUGUUGUAGAUGCAGUUUCAUUAAGACGACAGAUAAUCAAAUUAAAUCGACGUCUGCAACUUCUAGAAGAGGAGAACAAAGAACGUGCUAAAAGAGAAAUGGUCAUGUAUUCAAUUACGGUAGCAUUCUGGCUGCUUAAUAGCUGGCUCUGGUUUCGCCGCUAGAGUAACCUCAGCUCUCAAAAAAUACUGUCUCAACAGCUGGAAAUAUAAAGAAUUUGCAAACUUCCUUGUUUCUGUGUUUGCGUUGAAUAUGCCAUUUUAUAGUCCACGUCCUGAAAAUGUACUUCUUCCAGAAGGGAAGGGGAAAGACUCAUGUUUGCAGAGGUAAAGGUAUAUUCUGCCACUUAGCUGUAUUCCCUUGUAACUAGUCCUGCAAUAACGCCUACUUAAAAUUCUCUCUGCAUGUUGUGUAAAUAGGCUCUGAUUUGUUUUUUAAAAGGAAUUAAUUUUUUGCCACAUCAUUUGCAUAAGUAAUUCUCUGAAUGGGGGUAGGUAGAGAAUAGAUUUAGAAAAGUAUCUGUAAAAGAAAAAUCCUUUACUUUGAUUUGUUUCCCAAACAUUGUUAAACAGUUUUGUUAAUAGACAUGCUCGCAUCCACAUUCAGCAUUAACACAUCUGAAAGUCAUGGUCUGGUGUUAGAAUUAAUAAAAUCAAGCCACCUCAUAUUUCACCUUUAUUAAAAUAAGUCCUAAUAUUUUCAGCAGUUUACCUAAUAUGUGUGUAAAAUAUGUUUGUUUUUAUUUUAGUUUUUCAGGUGGUUUUCUAUAAGGGACAUUUUUACUAAGUUCAUGUGUGAAUGAUUUAAAAAACUACAGAAUAAGGUACAAUUGUAGUGUAUUUAAUAAACUGUCAACCAAAGCAA